AUGUCUCAUUAUCUAUAUGCUGUAUUAUUAUUAUUAUUAUUGAUGAUUGUUUCAAUUGUCAAUGCUGGUCAAAAAGUUUGUCCUGGUUACGGAUUUGUUCGACCGCCAAAAAAUUGUAAAUCAACAUGUUCACCACUAAAAGAUAAAUGUCCAUUAGGCAAAAAAUGUUGUUUCCGUCUUGCACAACCAUGUGGUUUCCAUUGUAUUAUACCUAAAGAUAAUCAACCAAAACGAGGCAAAUGUCCAACGUCUAAAGCCAAACCAAAAUAUAGAGAUUGGUACGUAUGUGAUCGACAUCUUUGUGAUGUUGAUAAUGAUUGCAAAGGUACUUGGAAAUGUUGUCGCAAUCCAUGUAAUGCGGCAAUAUGUAUUCCACCACAAGCCGCUAAACGUCCAUUUGUUUAA